AUUUGCAAAUUUAUUAUAUAUGUAUUAGAACACCUGGCAACUAGAUCUGCAUGCACAAUGCACUUUGAAAUAAUAAUGAUUUCACUGGAAUAGCAUAUGCGAGAUAGGUUUUUCGGACUAAGUAGUAGGCUAAAUAUUUACUGAGUAAAUAGGGACUUUAGUACUAAGAGCAAAGUUAAAUCGGCAUUACGGCUCUGGUAUGUAAAUAGCUUCGUUUAAUAUGCACACCAGUUCUUUUAGUUGUUGGAUGAUACUUGCCAUGGAUACAUUAAACGUUUUUGACUUUUUGGAUAGAAUAGUAAAAUUGAUAAAAGAGGAACAUAUUUUAAAUCCUCAGGAAGCUAAUAAAGUCAUUGAAUAUGUAGAUCCCCAAGAUUUGAAGAAUAAAAUUGAUUUGUCCUUGACGGAUCCGUGUGCGAAUUUGGAAGAACUUGAAGCGGUUUGCAAAGACAUUAUAAAAUACAGCAUUAAAACAAAUAGUGCAAAAUUUCAUAACCAGCUAUACGGGGGCACGGAUUUGUACGGUCUUGGUGCAACUUGGCUCGCUGAAUCAUUGAAUACGAAUCAGCACACUUUUGAAGUCGCCCCCGUAUUUUCCAUAAUCGAGCUAAAAAUCUUAGAAGAAGUUAAAAAAUUAAUCGGUUAUAAAGAAGGCGAUGGGAUUUUUUCCCCAGGCGGUAGUAUAUCAAACAUGUACGGGAUGGUCCUCGCCCGGUACAAAAAAUUCCCCGAGACCAAAACAAAAGGACUUCAUGGUUUACCAAUCUUGGUCGCUUUUACUUCCGAAGAAGGACAUUAUUCUCUCCAAAAGAGCGCCCAAUGGCUGGGUCUAGGCACCGAUAAUUUAGUUAAGAUUAAAACUGAUAAUUUCGGGCGGAUGAUUGCCGAAGAGCUGGAAAAGGCAAUCAUCUCGAGGAAGGCGAUGGGUCAUGUCCCGUUUUUUGUCAACGCUACUGCUGGGACUACGGUCGUGGGGGCGAUAGACCCUUUAGAUAAGAUAGCAGAUAUUUGCGAAAGACACAAUCUUUGGCUCCACAUCGACGCUUGUUAUGGAGGCACUCUUUUACUUUCUAAAAAUUAUAAGGAACGGCUAGAGGCAUCGCACAGAUCGGACUCGUUUGCUUGGAACCCACACAAAAUGUUAGGUGCUCCAUUGCAAUGCUCAAUAUUUAUAACAAGACAUAACAAUAUUCUUCAUGAAUGUAAUUCAGCUUCAGCUGUAUAUUUAUUCCAGCAAGAUAAGUUUUACGAUGUCUCGUAUGAUACAGGGGAUAAGAGUAUACAAUGCGGCCGCAAAGUCGACGGUUUCAAAUUGUGGGUAAUGUGGAAAGCCCGAGGAAAAUCAGGAUUUGAAGACCUUGUGGAUAAUGCAAUAGAGUGUGCUAAUUAUUUUAAGACAAAAAUUUCAAAUUUGGAGGGUUUUAGACUGGUUCAGGAUAGUUUCGAGACAACAGCGGUUUGCUUUUGGUAUAUCCCUCGUAAGAUGCGCGACGGUAAAGAAGACGAUGAAUGGUGGAAAAAAAUGAACAAUGUGGCUCCCGCAAUUAAAGAAAAAUUAGUGAAGAGUGGCAAAUUGAUGAUAGGUUAUUCGCCUUUGGUUCAUCGAGGUUUCUGCAAUUUUUUUCGCAUGAUUACCACUUGUCAUCCCGUUCCGACUUAUUCGGACAUGGACUACGUCAUCGAGCAAAUAAAACAAAUUGGGGAAGUUAUGUAAUUUUUCUUUAAUAAAUACAUGAGUCGUAAAAA